AUGAUGCCAAGACGUCACGCCGUGACCCUCAUUGCUCUGCACCAUCAUCUGGAUUCCGGUGUCAGCGUUCCUGAGCACGGGCUGCGGGGCCCCGGCCAACAUGGUCUGGGGUUUCAACACGUCGUUCACAUCCUCGAGCGGCCCGCGUCGUCCAGAUGGCAGGCGGUCUAUGGCUUGGGGACGGUGAAUCUCCGUAUUUCACCCGAAGAAGGAAGUGCGAAUCGACCCAAGCGUGGUGUCUACGCAGACUCAUGCGAGUGGAAUCGUUGCCCUCCUGCGCGGAGAGCUCGGAGCCGCCCAUCUCUGCAACGUGACUGCGCCAGUUUCCGCACAGCAACCGCGCCAUCUCGUGUCGCACCGAGCUUUUGCCAAGGUCUACCCAACAUGCGGCUGUCAUUUGCGUCGGUCUUACUCGCCAUUACGCUUGUCUCUGGCGCAGUUGUUGAGCAAGAAAAGCGGCAGGCAGCAACCAGCAUCGACGCCCUGUUCCGCGCAAAGGGGAAGGCUUUCCUGGGCGUUGCUGCCGACCAAGGUCGUCUCAGUGUUUCUCAAGAUGCUGCCAUUACCAAGGCCAACUUUGGCGGCGUCACCCCUGAAAACUCGAUGAAGUGGGAUACCAUUGAAGCUUCGCGCGGCUCAUUCAAUUGGGGCCAAUUCGAUUACCUUGUUAACUGGGCGCAAACCAACAACAAGCUCAUCCGUGGCCACACUUUCGUAUGGGCGCAGCAAUUGCCCUCUUGGGUAACCGCAAUCAACGAUGCUUCGACGUUGACAUCGGUGCUGCAAAACCACAUCACACAAGUUAUGACACGGUACAAGGGCAAAAUGUAUGCCGUUGACGUUGUCAACGAGCACAUUAACGAAGACGGCUCGAUAAAGAGCACGCACUGGACACAAGUCCUCGGCAACAACGUCUUCACCAUCGCGUUCCAGACAGCGCGCCAGGUCGACCCCAGCGUCAAGCUGUACAUCAACGACUACAACCUGGACUCCAAUAAUGCCAAGGUCGCAGGCAUCGUCAAGCUCGUCAACCAACUCAACUCCGGUGGAACUAAGCUUGUCGACGGUAUCGGCACCCAGAUGCAUCUUAGUGCUGGUGGCUCGAGCGGCGCACAAGCUGCGCUUACCGCUCUUGCUGCGGCAAACGUUGAUGUCGCCAUUACCGAGCUUGACAUCGCCAGUGCGCCAGCGGCCGACUACACCAACGUUGUCAAGGCGUGCCUUAACGUCCCCAAGUGUGUCUCCAUCACUGUCUGGGGUGUCCGCGAUACCGACUCGUGGCGCGCCUCCACAAACCCGCUCCUGUUCGACUCGAACUGGCAACCCAAGGCGGCUUACACUGCUAUCGCCAACCUCCUUGCGCAGGGCGGCACCACUACCACGACACAAGGCAAUGGCGGAGGCACGACCACCACAACCAGCAAGCCGCCUACCGGCACCGGAGGCACCCAGCAGCAUUGGGAUCAGUGCGGUGGCGAGGGUUGGACUGGAGGAACCGUGUGUGUGUCGCCUUACGUUUGCACGGUCUCGAACCAAUGGUAUUCGCAAUGCCUGUAA